AUGCCUCUUACACCUCCUGCUGAGCCUGACCCGGAACCGAAGAUGAACUGGGCAUCCUUUUAUGCUGUUAUUAGUGGUGUGAAUAGACACUCUACAGGCAUUGGCCGCAUCUGGCUCUCCGUCCUAUUCAUUUUCCGCAUCUUAGUGUUGGUGGUUGCGGCAGAGAGUGUGUGGGGAGAUGAGAAGUCUGGCUUCACCUGCAACACCCAGCAGCCUGGUUGCAACAGUGUCUGUUAUGACCACUUCUUCCCUAUCUCCCAUAUACGUCUGUGGUCACUUCAACUCAUCUUGGUAUCCACCCCAGCCCUGCUGGUUGCAAUGCAUGUGGCCCACCGCCGCCACAUUGACAAGAAGCUCCAUAAACUGUCUGGCAGAGCCAACGCUAAAGAGCUGGAGCAGAUUAAGAGCCAGAAAAUGAAAAUUACAGGUGCUCUGUGGUGGACAUACGUCAUCAGCCUGUUCUUCCGCGUCGUCUUUGAAGUCAUCUUCAUGUAUGUGUUUUACAUGAUCUACCCUGGCUACAAGAUGAUUCGGCUGGUGAAGUGCGACUCGUACCCUUGCCCAAACACGGUGGAUUGUUUUGUGUCACGGCCAACGGAGAAGACUGUCUUCACUGUGUUCAUGCUCGCGGCGUCAGGGGUUUGUAUCCUGCUCAAUAUUGCAGAAGUGGUUUUCUUGGUGGUGAAAGCCUGCAGCAGGCACCUGCACAAUGCUGGAGACUCAACCAUAGGGGCUUGGAUUACACAAAAGCUGUGCUCUUACUAA